CAGGGGCAGGACGGGGGCAAAAGGAUGAGUGUGACGGGAACAGCGUGCAGCUCUCGGUGACUUUUCCCAUAGGAAUAGGCUGCGGCUGAAAGAGGUUUUCAUGACUUUCUGAGCUGGAGAUUUGAAUUCCUCUAACCGGCGUCUGCGAGGACUCGGACUCAAAGUUCCGUUCGGCGUAACUUUGUAGGUUUCCGUGUUUCCGUGGCUGGUUUGGGGAGCGCGUCUGUCCGUCUGGUUCGCUCGGUGUCCAUUUCUGUUGCUUUGCUGUGGAGAAGCGCGGACUGACCGAGCUGGACGAACAUGCUCCAGAAUGGAAAGGCCAGAGAGGAGAAGCCCGAGACGGACGAAGCCAAGCCAGAAGCUCCAAACGACACGACGAGUGAGAGCGAAGCGGCCAAACCGGGCACGGACAGCGGCCCCACUCACUUCCCCAUGCCGCCCCCCGUGCCGGGCUGCCCCAAACUGGACAUCAAGCGCCACGCCGUGACGGACGACUACAAGGUGUCCAGCCAGGUGCUGGGAUUGGGCAUCAACGGCAAAGUGCUGGAGUGCUUCAACAAGAAAACGGGAGAGAAGUGCGCGCUGAAGAUUCUCUACGACAGCCCGAAGGCUCGGCGCGAGGUGGAACUGCACUGGCGCGUCUCCGGAGGGCCGUAUAUAGUGCGCAUCCUCAGCCUGUACGAAAAUAUGUACCACGGGAAAAAGUGUCUGCUCAUCAUCAUGGAAUGUAUGGAAGGAGGAGAGCUCUUCAGCAGAAUUCAGGCCAGAGGUGACCAGGCUUUUACUGAGAGAGAGGCUUCGGAGAUCAUGCGGGACAUCGGCACAGCCAUUCAGUUUCUGCACAAUGUGGACAUCGCACACCGAGACAUUAAGCCGGAGAACCUGCUCUACACCAGUAAAGAAUCCAACGGUGUCCUUAAACUGACAGAUUUCGGCUUCGCUAAGGAAACGUCGUUGCACAAUCCGCUGCAGACGCCCUGCUACACCCCGUAUUACGUGGCCCCUGAAGUUCUAGGCCCUGAGAAAUAUGACAAGUCAUGCGAUAUGUGGUCUCUGGGCGUCAUUAUGUAUAUCCUGUUGUGUGGUUUCCCACCAUUUUACUCGAACACAGGCCAGGCCAUUUCUCCUGGAAUGAAGCGGCGAAUCCGAAUGGGCCAGUACGAGUUCCCCAACCCUGAAUGGGCCGAGGUGUCUGAGGAGGCCAAGCAGUUGAUUAACCAGCUGCUGAAGACUGACCCCAAUGAGAGGAUGACCAUUACGCAGUUCAUGAACCAUCCCUGGAUCAAUCGAUCUAUGGUGGUCCCUCCGACGCCGCUGCACACCACGCGGGUCCUCACUGAGGACCGAGAGAUGUGGGAUGAAGUGAAGGAGGAAAUGACCAGCGCUCUUGCGACCAUGCGUGUGGAUUACGACCAGGUGAAGAUUAAGGACCUGGACACGUCCAGCAACCCGCUGCUCAACAAGAGACGGAAGAAAGCGGCGGCGGCCAGCGGGAAGAGCGCAGUCUGCAACAGCCAGUGAGGGACGAGAGAGGGAGCGUGGACAGAUCAGCUGAUCGGAGGAGAGGAAAUGGAUGAACUGAUUGACUGAUUGAUUGAUGAAGAAGCCGAGAAGAAGACAGAGAUCAGAGAAAGUGUGAACGGAUGGAAUGAUGGCAGGACGGACAGAUGGGAGGAUGAGUGAAGAAGGAGAGGAAAUGAGCGCGCUAGUGUGGAGGAGGGGGUGAAAGGGAGGACGUAUAAAAUUGCUGAGUCAGCACACAGCUGCAGUGACUCCACCACUCACUCAGUUCACUAUAACCAGCAUUAGGACCCGUUAGCUGUGAGUGCCUGUUAGAGCUGCACGAUACGGACCGAACACUAGUACUGCUGUUGUUUUGCUGUUUAUCGAGGUUGGCAUUGCAGUAGAGAUGGCACCGAUCUGAUACCAUGUAUCGAUGUCGGGUCAGUAGCUAGAAAACGCUGCUGUUGAGAAAUGAACGUGAUCCAGUCCUGUAACAAACCUGUCCUGAAAUAGCACCUGCUCACUGUGUCUUGUCCUGUUAACUGUGCACACAGUUGGGCGGGUACUUUGAAAAAGCAGUGAAAAGAAGUCAAAUAUGUACCUCAUGUGUACAAACAUGUACCUUUUCUCUGGGAAAGAGAAUGUAGUGUAGAUACUAAAAGUCAUUUAAGGCAGGGUUACUUCCUUCACUGGGCCAAGCACCCUCUGUUGGCCCUUGGGCCAAUACUGAGGAGGAGCCAGUGGUCCAUAGUGGGCUGGUUAUAGCAUUUUGUCAGAAAAAUCUGUGAAAAAACUGGCUUAAUAAUAAAAAAGAAGCAUGAUUUUUAUUAAACAGUAAAGAAUAUUAAUACAAGCCCUGCAUCAGUGGCCCCGUGCCAUUAGAAACUAAAUACACUCCCUCGAAGUAGCAGUCGUUCACUUGCAAGUGAAAAACUUUGCUUAAUAUGCCACCAUGUUGCCUGAUUUCUGUAUAUACAUAUAACAAGUUUAUGUUAGCCUAAUCUGCUGAUAGCUUAUUUCUAGUCAUAAACAUUGCAUAUUGUGGCACCUAAACAUCACUGUGUUGAAAUUUUCCCUAAAAUAUAUUUUUUUUAUUUGUCUAGUGAUAAAAAAGUGAACCUUAAGGUGGAAAAGGUUGAGAACCCCUGAUUUAAGGUACUCAGCUGGACCUUAAGAACCACGCUGUACGUUUCAGGGCACAUUUGCAUUGUUUAUAACCUCAUCUUAAGUGAAGUGCUACAAUUAAGAAUAGCUAAUACUCUGAUACUAAAGCUUUGAAGGUAUCGGGGGGUGAAAAAGCUGCAUUGUGCCGUCUCUACCUUGCAAUAAUCUCAAAACACAAUGAGGAUUUGAUGAGAUGUGAUUAAAAGACUAGUUCAACAAAAAAUCAGACGUACAUGUUUUUCCGUUAUACCCUAAUUGCAUUCGAUCAGCCAAGACAUGUUUAGGCCCAACCCUGUUUCUCAUUGUUGCCCCUACCCGUUGUUCUCGAGCGUUAGAACUGAGUUACAAGGGGUAGUGAGUGAAAUCUUCCUCUAUGAAAUGGGAGCCUCAAAUAAGAAGAGCAUCGCUUCAUUAACAGCUACCUGCGCUGCUCUGUAGGCGACCCUGCCCGUCUGCAGGGACAGCAGAGGAGGGUGAAGUUCGGCUCCUCACUGCUGGGCUUUAGUUACAUUUAGGGCAUCAUACGCCUUCAAAGAGGGGGGCAAUUGUUUAUUAUCACCCCCCUCUCAUUCUUCAGUGAUGUGAAGUUGAAGUCGGCUAUUCACCAGCUCCUCGUUCAAAUUUUCCCGCUCCACCUUAAAUGGUGCAGCAGUUACAUUCUUCAGAUGUCACAACAGAAAUUCCAAGAUUUUUUAAGCUUGUUGUGAAGAAAAGGACCAUAAUACAUUGAAACGGCAUUAAGCUAAGAUAAUAAAACAGUCAUAGUCAUUUUUAAUGGAGAAAAUACUUUCAUUUGUGGGCUGAUUUUUCCUUUUUUCCUAAUAACACUCAGUUUGGAGAGAGUCUCAGAAAAAACUGAGGGUCAUGUAGCCCCAACACUUCGCCCUACCCCUCUAUCUCGACAAGAAUCAGGGCACCCUACCCCCUAGACGUAGAGGGCUAACGGCUGAGCGGUUGGGGCAAGAGGUGAAAUGGGACUGGGCCUUAGUGUCCACAUUUUGAGCGGGUGCUGCUAGGCUAACGGUGCUAACAAACACUGUAAGUCAAUAGUCACCCAACUGUUUUCAUAAAUGCAUUGAUAAACAUAUAUUUGCUUCAAUAAAGUACAUAAAAAACAAGUCAUAAUAAAUAAGUAAAAUGGCACUGAUAGACGUUUAACGCUAAACCACAUUUGCAUCUGCAUCACGUCACAUUUAGGACACCAAAAAUCUUGGCUGGCUGGCCGCAUUUGGGGUCUGUGGAAAAUGUAUGAUUUUUUGCCGCACUAUUCCUUUAAAGAUUGACCAUUUUUUGGAUUCAUGAACACCCCCAGGAUGCCUGCGAUUGGUCAGAAUGCUGACAAAUAAACAAAUUCAGUGCAGGGCUGAUUUGCAUAUCGCCGCCUUCUCUGACACCAGUAAUGCAAAGGCCCUUAAUACAAACGGUAUAGUGUGCAGUCUCAGUGCCCAUGUGCCUGUAUGUGUAUAGACAGACAAGAUUAUGAUUAUGAACUGACUGUGUCUGUUGCUUAUAUGAUAAUGUAAUAACUGUAACAGCCACAUGUAAUUGUGUGUGUUGUAUGCAUGUAUAUGAGUAGGGCUGUCACUAUCUAUUAUAUCAGUAACCAAUCAAUCUAUCGGUCAUUUUGAUGAUGAAUUGAGCAAAAAGAAAUGCAUUUAAAGGGACACUCUGGCCAAAAUUAAACAUGUAACCGCCACUUUA